GUUAUAACCUCACAGCUGAUAACCGCGACGCGCGGGUAUAAUAGGCGUAUUGGUUCUAAACGCCAAUUUAUUAUUAUUGUACGUUUUUGUUUCAGUUCAUUGCACAAUACAGUGUAUUGUUCAAUUGUGCGAUUUUGUCACAUAUUGUACGCAUAGUGUUCUCUCAUCUUGGUAUAGCUCUCAAUCAUAAACCGGAUAAUUUUUAUAACCUGUAGUUUCAAAAUUAAUUCAUGUCUUCAGAUGAGGAUGGUUUCUGCAAUUUUAGUUUUUGGGACUCCAACAUCUCCUGGGAUACAGACAAUCCUCGGCUCCCCUUGUGUUUCGAGAAGACAGCUCUGGUGUGGGGACCAUGUCUGUUGCUCUGGCUGUUCACACCUCUCGAGCUGUUUGUUAUAUUCAGCAGCAAGUGUAGAGAUGUGCCUUGGGGGUUCACAAACACUACAAAACUGAGUCUCAACUUGGUACUUAUCGUAUUGAGUGUUACCAGCUUCGUCUGGUCACUGACCCUGAGUAUGGCAGGAGAAAAGGUUUACCCUGUUGAUCUGUGGACUCCUGCUGUAACUUCUGCUACUUUUGUGUUGACAUUGGUACUGCUUAUUUGAGACAUGCGAAGAGGACUCCAGUCUUCAGCAGUUCUGUUCUUGUUUUGGCUGGUUUUAAGUACGGUUGGCCUCACAGAAUUCUUCACAGAAUUUAGAGACGUAGAAU